GUGCACGCAACAAGUUCCUUAUUUGCAACACGAAUCAAAGCGUACACAAUGAAACUCUUCAACACAUUCCAAAGUGCGGCACAGGAUAUUACGCCGAAAGCGCCAGUGCUACCAGUUCCUGUAAUACUGCUCCUUCUCGAUGCUUUGCUUGUCGUGCCGCAGGCAGCAUUCAGUGUUUACCAUUACUACCGAACUAGGGGCAGCGUCGGGGAUAAGAUUCCCAUUCAUUUCGGGAUUAAUGGCAGUCCCGACAGCUUCGCCGCAUCCUCGUAUUUUUGCAUCUAUCCUGCCCUCAACGUUCUGAUCGCUUUCACGUCGAUCAUCUGCGCCAACUACGUGCCAGCUUUAUUUGGUGUGCUGUUCUCGAUAACGAUGGGUACGUCCCUUCUAUUACUCUGCAUCACACAACACUACUGCGGACCCAUUUCAAGAGGUGAACUGACUCAAAUCCCCUCAAUAGUGUUUUACCCUUCACUGGUUCUCAUUUUCUUAAGUACUAUUGCUCUCAUCAUUUAUGCAAUUUAUGCUUCCAGCUCGUGA